AUGGUAAGACUUCCUUGCAGCAACAGCAAAGAAGAAAAUAUAUAUCUCACCUUAUUGAGGACAAGAAAGAAUGAACCUGAACGAACAUCUAUCUAUUUCAUUCAAUCUUAUCCAAUAACAAUGCCUAAUGAAGAAGACUGGAUUUCAUGCAUUUUAAAAAAUUUAAGGAGAAAACCGGAUCCAUCCUUUCAUCUAUCCAUCCAUACGUCCAUCCAUACAUCCGAUCCACCCAUACAUCCAUUCAUCGAGUACAGAGCUCUCUGCGGAAUGAAUAAAGGAGUACAGUCAGCUCUGUUCCAACCACUCAAUGCCGCGGUGGUUUUGAUUGUGAUCGGCAAAGGCUUGCAAUGUAAGACUGCAAGAGACACAUGA